CUCGCGCCGAAACACCCUGCCCCUGCCAUGCGGAGCGACGGGCGGCCCUGGUGCGUGCUGGCAGUUGUCACCAAAGGGCUCUUCAUCCUCUGGGCGGUGCCGGGCCAGGGGGGGCGGCCCCUGCAGCCCCCGACCCUGCAGCAGAUCCAGGCGCUGGUGAGGCACAUGGCCGAGGAUGCGCAGGAGCUCUUCACCUUCUACGAGGAGGACCAGCGCCUGGCCUUCCACCACCUCUGCCGCACCAACCACCCUCCCGAAUGGCUGCGGGGCCCGGUGCUGGGAGCCGGGGGGCUGCGGGGGCUGCGGGGGACCAUGGCCCGCAUGGCCCGGGCGCUGCAGGACAUCACCCGGCAGCAGCGCGACCUCAACCCGCCGGGCGCCGAGAUCCUGCGCCGCUUGGCCAGCACCCACCUCAAGGUGCGAGGGCUCCUCAACAACCUGGAUGGGCUCUUCCCGGCUCCCCGGCCCGGCCCCCGGCCCGCGCCCGGCCCCACGGCCCCCACCAGGGUGUUCCGGCAGAAGCUGGAGGGCUGCCGGCUCCUCUGGAGCUACGCUCGCUUCAUGGCCAAGCUCAGCGCCCAGCUGGAGGCUCGGGUCCGAGCCCGAGCGCGCCGGGACAAGCGGAGAUCACAGCGGGGCUCGCAGCUGCCUGCGCGCUCCUAGCGUGGCCACUGGAGGUGUCCGUGU